UGAAGAGUGUGUGAGGGGUUUGUGGGGUCAUCCACAACGCUGUUAGCUUUGCGGAUGCAGCGUGUGGCGUAAGUGUCCAUGAUAGAGGGAAGAGAGACUCCAAUGGUCUUCUCAGCUGUUCUCACUAUCUUGCGAUCUGAGAUGGUAUAGUUCCCAAACCUGACAGUGAUGCAGCUUCUCAGAAUGCUCUCAAUGGUCCCUCUGUAGAACAGGAUGGGGUCAGCUUAUAAUACAUACAAUCAUAUGUAUAUAUGUAUAUGUUAUAUUAUUAUACAAUAUGUUAACCAUAUAUAGAAGUGCACAUUAGGGACAACUAUUUUUAUUAAGCAUAUCUUAACAUUUUUUUUAAGAUAAACUAAACUAGCAACUCAGUAUCUAAUCGGUUAUUUUACUUCAUAGAAAUUUAGGGUAAUCUAGCAAUAAGUGUCACUUAAGUGUAAGUUUGGAAAGUGAGGUUUCCAAACUUCCCAAACUUCUUAAUACAUGUUUAUUCAUUCAUUCAUUCAUUCAUUCAUUCAUUCAUUCAUUCAUUCAUUUAUUUAUUUAUUUAUUUAUUUAUUUAUUUAUUUAUUUGUUUGUUUGUUUGUUUGUUUGUUUGUUUAUUGUUUUAAAUGGUUUAUUUUGAACAGUUGUUAGACUACAGGGUCAAUUAACUUUAACUCAUAUUUGUGGAGGUACUCUGUUAGCAGCCUAAGUCUAUUUUAUUGUAAUUUAAAAUGUCAACAUGAAAUUAUCUUUUAAAAUGCACACUAUUUCUAAGCAACGUUGUUUUCAGCCUGCUUUAAAAAGGCUAAAUGUAAUGUGUAAAUGAAUAUUUAUUUUUAGUUGUUUUUUUGUUGUUGUAAUAUCUACAAUAAAAUCAAGUCAGAAGGAGAUAAUUAGCCGCCCAAAUGCGGCUUACUUAUUAUACUAGGGUACUAUUUUCCCACACUAUGUAGUGGACUUGUUUGCUGUUUGGGACACAGCCCAUGUUGUCUCGAGCUUUUCUUCAGCUCGUGGUGUAACAGCUGACGGUCGGAGAUACAAAAGCUUAUAAAACGCACCCGUUUACACAGAGAGCUGCAAGUCUGACUGAAAUGUUGAGAAACGCAUCUUUGUUCUUUUUGCUCGCUGUGGCUGUCUGUCACACAGAGCAGCUGAAAAGUAAGAGUAAAGUGUGUGCAAAUGUGUUUUGUGGAGCAGGACGAGAAUGUGCUGUGACAGAGAAAGGAGAACCUACCUGCCUGUGUAUUGAGCACUGUAAGCCCCAUAAGCGGUCAGUAUGUGGCAGUAACGGCAAGACCUACCGUAACCACUGUGAGCUUCACCGUGACGCCUGUCUGACCGGUCUCAAGAUACAAGUGGCUUAUGAUGGACACUGUGAAGAGAAAAACACAAACAAGGUUACUACCAGCCCAAUUGUGUGUUACCUUACUGAUCGUAAUGAGCUGAGGAGCCGUGUGAUGGAGUGGCUGCAGACCGAGGUGGUGCCUGAUGGCUGGAUUAGCAAAGGCUCCAACUUUAGUGAUGUUCUUCUCAAAUACUUCCAGAACUAUGAUAAUGGCGAUGCUCAGCUGGACUCCAGCGAGUUCCUUAAGUUUAUUCAGCACAAUGAGACAGCAAUCAACAUCACCUCAUAUACAGACAAGGAGAAUAACAGACUGCUGAGGAGUCUCUGUGUGGAUGCUCUGAUUGAGCUCUCAGAUGAGAAUGCUGACUGGAAAUUGACUUUUGAUGAAUUUCUCAACUGCCUCAAGCCUGACUUCAAUCCUCCAGAGAAAAAGUGUGCACUGGAGGAUGAGACGUAUGAGGAUGGAGCCGAGACGCAGGUGGAGUGUAACCGCUGUGUCUGUGCCUGUGGGAACUGGGUCUGUACUGCUGUGACCUGUGACGGUUCAGAGAAGUUUCCUGCUUUGGAGGAAAUGGAUGGAGGUGAUAAAGAGAUGACAGAGGAAGAAUGGAUCCGCAGAGUCGCUGAACUCAACAAACAUCAGGAAACUGUAGAGAAGAUGAAAGUGAGCACCAAGGAGGUCUAAGUGAAGAGACUGAAGCAGUAGUGCAGAUUAGAGGAGGAUGCAAAUGGACAUGAAUUAUCUACCACCAUCGUUCAGUCCACUGUAGUGUGAUAUUUACUUUAUAUUGUUUUAUAUUUUGUGUUAAUUACAUUCUAAAUGUCAGUACCAAAUGUUUUUAUGUUUAUCUUAUGAGGUGAUCUCAUAGAGACCUAUUCUAUGUUUGCUACGACGUCUUGUUUAUAAAAUAUAUUUUAUACUACCACUUUUGUAAUGGACGGAAUGAUAAUGUGUGAUCGUGCUCAUGGUGCUGCUGUAUGAGCUAUCAAAUCACCUUAAAGAAUACUUAAAAAACAAUCUGAAAUCAGCAUUGAACAUUCAACAUCACUGAUAAACAGCACCAAGGCACAUAAACGCUUUAUCAGAAUAUUUAUUAAAUGUACUGUAUUUUAAUGCCUCACAAUAUAAACAACCAAAGGACAGCUCAGGCUCUAGCACACGGUCAGUUUGCAAUAACACACCAGUUAAAAUGAUCAGGAUGUCAUAGGAUUUUCUUGAAUAUUCCAACAACUGGCUCAGACUUGGUGAACAAAUUUGAGAAGAAAUAGAAAUUGAAAGUAGCUUAAAAAGGUGGACAGGUAUAAACAUCACAUUAUGUAUGGAAAUUCCCUUCUGUGGCUCAGAAAAAAAUUAAUUCUGUAUAUAUUACUGAAUAUAUGCUAUCUGAAUCUAAAUUAUGUGCUUCAUUAUAAAUCGGUUAAUCAUUGAUAUCAUAUGAUCUAGUCUGAUUCGGUUAGAUCAAUUACGGACCUUUGAACAAUAUAAAAAUAUCUUCUUAAUCUGGUUAAAUAUAUGGGUGUACUGAUUAAUGGAAAGUAAACCUCAAUAAAACAGUAUAUAUUGUAUGUACAGCAGAUACUGGAUCAACUGCUGAAUAAUGAUUCCUGAGUGUGAUUUAUUGAACUUUUCUAGGAAAUUGAUAUUCAGUGAUAGUUCUUGUCUCUUUUUCAGUUUAUGACACACUACAUACAAAACCUGAAACAUACAAAUGCAUUAAACGAGUAAAUCGGUGUAAUUUCUUUGUACGCUUUGGUACACUGCCAUUGAAUCAUUCAUUUUCAACAGCCACAACAUUUUGCUUAGUGCCAAUAAACCAUGUAUUGAACAGUG